AGCCUUCCCUGAUCUUCUUUGGGGCCUCUGGCUUAAGAGACCACUCCUCCCAGCUCACUUCAGCACCUCCUUACAGCCACAGCAGCCAUCUUGAGAACUCUAUGCUGAUGAUGUUCUCUGCGUCCAGAUUGUCCAUCCCCAUCUCGGCCACAGAGCUUCUCCUGGCCUCUGCCGUCUUCUGCCUGGUGCUCUGGGUGGUCAGGGCCUGGCAGCCUCGGGUUCCCAAAGGCCUGAAGAGUCCCCCGGGGCCCUGGGGCUGGCCCCUGCUGGGGAACGUGCUGACCUUGGGGAAGAACCCACAUCUGGCGCUGUCCAGGCUGAGCCAGCGUUAUGGGGACGUGCUGCAAAUCCACAUUGGCUCCACACCCGUGCUGGUGCUCAGCGGCCUGGACACUGUCCGGCAGGCCCUAGUGAGGCAGGGUGAGGAUUUCAAGGGCCGGCCCGACCUCUACAGCUUCACUCUGAUUACUAAUGGCCAAAGCAUGUCCUUCAGCCCAGACUCUGGACCAGUGUGGGCUGCCCGCAGGCGCCUGGCCCAGAACGCCCUGAAGAGUUUCUCCAUUGCCUCCGACCCGGGUUCCUUGUCUUCCUGCUACCUGGAAGAGCAUGUGAGCAAGGAGGCCGAGGCCCUCCUCAGCAGGUUGCAGGAACAGAUGGCAGAGGUUGGGCACUUUGACCCCUACAGAUAUGUAGUGGUGUCAGUGGCCAAUGUCGUCUGUGCCAUGUGCUUUGGCAAGCGCUAUGACCAUGACGACCAAGAGCUGCUUAGCUUAAUCAACCUGAAUAAUGAGUUUGGAGAGGCGGUUGCCUCUGGGAACCCUGUGGACUUCUUCCCCAUCCUCCGAUACCUGCCCAACCCUGCCCUGGAUUUCUUCAAGGACCUGAAUAAGAGGUUCUACAGCUUCAUGCAAAAGCUGGUCAAGGAACACUACAAAACAUUUGAGAAGGGCCACAUUCGGGAUAUCACAGACAGCCUGAUCGAACACUGUCAGGACAAGAGGCUGGAUGAGAAUGCCAACAUUCAGCUGUCUGACGAGAAGAUUGUUAAUGUUGUCUUGGACCUCUUUGGAGCUGGAUUUGACACCGUCACAACUGCCAUCUCCUGGAGCCUCCUAUACCUGGUGACAAGCCCCAAUGUACAAAAAAAGAUCCAGGAGGAGUUGGACACAGUGAUUGGCAGGGCCCGGCAGCCCCGGCUCUCUGACAGGCCCCAGUUGCCCUACCUGGAGGCAUUCAUCCUGGAGACCUUCCGACACGCUUCCUUCGUCCCCUUCACCAUCCCUCAUAGUACCACCAAAGACACAAGUCUGAGUGGCUUUUACAUCCCCAAGGGACGUUGUGUCUUUGUGAACCAGUGGCAGAUCAACCAUGACCAGAAGCUAUGGGGUGACCCAUCUGAGUUCAGACCAGAACGAUUUCUCACUCUUGAUGGCACCAUCAACAAGGCACUGAGUGAGAAGGUGAUUCUCUUUGGAAUGGGCAAGCGGAAGUGCAUCGGUGAGACCAUUGCCCGCCUGGAGGUCUUUCUCUUCCUGGCCAUCCUGCUGCAGCAGGUGGAAUUCAGUGUGCCCCAGGGCACGAAGGUGGAUAUGACCCCCAUUUACGGGCUGACCAUGAAGCAUGCCCGCUGUGAGCAUGUCCAAGUGCGGGUACGCACUUAGGGGACUGAGAGCCCUGCAGCCUAGCCUCUUGUCUACCUGGCCUAUCUGGGCAGCCAGGCCAGUGGGCUGGCCCAGGGUCAGGGAGGUAUUCUAAGCUUCAGCCUGAAACCCACAGAUAUUGGUCUGGCUGGGUUUUGCUGUCUGGGCUGCAGGCAAGCCUGAAGGAUCGUGCUUGCCCCCCACCCUGGACUUGCUCCUCUGCAUACUGACCACGGACAGUGAACACAGCAGGGACCACAAAGGAGCAGAUGGGGCCUUCUGGAGUUGUGUUUGAGCCAGGAGGCUUGGUUGGGUUAGGAAGUCCUAAGCCCCAGGAAACCUCGAGGGAAUGCUCUAGAAGCCCCUAAGCCCAGGGGCUGGCUGGUUUUCUGUGGGGGCUGACUGGCUUGAGAAACAUUUAGAGCAGGCCACACCAGGGCCUGUCCAAUUUCUUUGACACUUAGGAGCUGUCACGAGUGAAGGGAAGAGGCAGCUUAGGACAAUACCCAGCGAUCUGACCACAUGGUUCUGGAACACUGUGAUGCCUUUUUCUGCUCUCCCUGCAGGCAGGAACAGGGCUGCCUCCUGGCCUUGGAAGGCCCCUGUUCCUGUCCAGGAGGGGCUGAGGACUUGCGCCUAAGAGGAGUAGAGAGCAGAGGGAAUGUCCAGAUUUCAGGCACCAGAGACCAGGUCUCUAUGCCCUAUAUAAAAAUGCCUUUUAAAAAUGUUUGUACGCAGGGUGCCUGGGUGGCUCAGUUGGUGAAGCGACUGCCUUCGGCUCAG